AUGCCGCCGCCACCGCUGGGGAUGACCGUGGCAGCCCUUCAGGGGCUCUUGAACAAGAAGUUGGGUCGUCCCGCGGUCUUCCUUCGUAAGAUGCCAGCAGAUGCCGACUGGCUCAAGACAGCGAUAGCCAUGGAGCCUAGCUUGAAGGAGGCGAAGUUCCAGGAAGUUCAGUGGCCUGACCUGCUGGAGGCUGCCGUCACGGCCGGGGCGGUUUCUGGCCGAGUCCUGGUGAAUUCCUCUGAGCCCUGGUCUUUUGCAAGUGCCGUGACCCUCGCGGCUUUGCAUACUGCCAUUCCCAUUGACGCAGGCAUCUCCUUGAAGCGUUCCCUCCCGGUGCUUGCGGACCUGCGUGGGAGAUGGGCCUCCCAGGUGGAAGCGACCAAAGCGUUGGUCUGGGAAGGUGUCUUGAAGAACGUGACGACGUCGCGCAUCGUCGUGCAGACACCGCAGCUACUCUCGGAAGGGUUCUUGGUCGACUUAGCCUUGAAAGACAAGAUGUUCGUGAUGUGGCUCGAUGACCUGUGUACAAAUGGUACGCAGGGGAACUUGCUUUUCAGGCAGGUGACGGAGUUUCUAUCGGAAGCCGGCAGGGAGCUAUCUAUCAUGGGAUAUUUCGCAGGCUCCGAGGUGGUGGCAGACUGCACAACCAGUCACUCUGAGAUCUCCCUCGUUUCAGAUUUCGCUCCGAACUUGGCAUUUUUCUCGCUCCUUCCGCCGGUGGUGUCGUUGAAGCAGGCUCCUUUGCUCCCCGUACCGAUGUACGACUCCUCCAAGAUCUAUGUGGCUCUCUUGUCUUCAGAUGGGGACAAUAUGCAGCUGGACUACAACUCCUUGAGGCCUCGCAUGGAGGAGCGCUUGGCUUUGUGCCCUCCGGUGGGCUGGACGAUUUCAAACCGCCUCAUGGAGUUCGCGCCCACAGUGCUCCGAUGGUUCUUCGCUGCGGCAAACCGCACCGGACACGCCGACAGCUUUUUGAUGGGGCCCUCGGGCUAUGGCUUCCUGCACCCAUCCUCCAACACCAAGCAAGCGAUCCUGAGGAACCUGACAGUGGAAGCCGCCGAGAAGCUCGACAUGUGCGCCUAUGUCCAUUGGGACAGCUACAACCAGGAGCCUGCCAUGGAAAGGACAGUGGCCGCGUACGCACACACGGCGAUCCGGGGUAUCUUCUCUCCGGUACAGCCAGCUCUUCCUCCGGUGGUAGCCAAAGACAUCGUAACAUUCACUGAAACAAAGCGGUGGUUUUCUCAGGACCAUCCGGAGGACAUUGCCAAGCAUCUCAACAGCUUGCUUCCGGGAAGCACCGUCUUUUUGUACAAGAUCCACGAUGUCUCCUUUGCGGAUGUGGAGGCUAUGGCAGCAGCGCUGAGCAGCAAGGUUGUCAUGGUGGGGCACCGGGAGCUCAUUGCCAUGAUGCGCGCGCACUACGGGCUGUCUGAUG